GAUUUAUUUCCGGUGGGGGCGGGAAACGAGUCGCAAAUGAUUCCCGGGCGGAGGUGGCAGGGGCCAUAUCCCGUCACUCAUUCCUUCUUCCGUUCUCCGUGGCAACGUCACAAACUUGGUCCAGUAUCAGAAAAACACAUAAACCGGGCAACCUUCCCACAGGACUAAUGCUCUCGUUUCACAAGCAUUAAAGCCGCGUAAAAAUAACUGCAUCUUUCCUGGACAAGAUAUUCUUUUGACAGUGGACAGCACAGAGCGGCUGAGUACAAAUUCCUGAGAUUGCUGGCUGUUCGUGAGUUCUGUCGGCCACGUUUUAUUGUGUGUGGCAAUGUGAAGAAGUUGCUUAGAGCUGGCUGUCGGCGCGAAGUUCUCGUUAUAAUACAUGUAGAUGAAGCAAUGCACAGGUCGUUGGUUGAUCUUGAACUUACUUUAAACUUGGGUCUCUCGCAAAUGAUUGUCGUGAAAUAGAUGCUGAUUCAUUACUGAGUUUGUUGAUAAAUAAUACAGCAAGGUUCAAGUCUCUUUCACCAUUGGGUGGUCUUGGCGAGAGACUCGCCCCUUGUGGGCUAAUAUUAUGGGAUGUUCUGCUGGUAAACAUAUGACUACAAGCCCAGAGGUCAGCUCUAGUUCCCACUCAGCUAAGGAGAAUGGUUGCACAGUACAUACACCUGAUGUACCCAGACACUCACUGGAAAGCAGUGCCUUGAACACUAAGAGAAAGGAUUCAUCAAAUAGCAUUUCCUCAGUCAAAGAGCCUGAUAUUCCGGAACCGAAAAAUGACAUUAACAAGGAUAAGAAUGAAGAUCGAAUAUUGUCAAAGAAGACUGUACCAAUCAGACCUAAUGAUAAUUUCUGCACAACUCCUAAACCUGUUCCAGUUAACCAAAUCAGAGUGCAGAUGACAAAGUCUCAACUUGAGUUUUUCAGAAUGCUCGAUCAAAAAAUUGAUGCGGGACCAGAUUAUAUAUCUGAAACCGAAAGUUGACAUGAGACUACACGAAUUUUAAGAAACGUUUAGACAAAGACGUAGACAACAACUGUAGAUCUUUACAGUUUAAAGAAGUGGCCAGAAGUGAUGAAUUCUACAUGGCCACAUUGUGUAGCGUAAUGGACAACGUCCGGCAGCCUCGUGCUUCGGAUGCAAUGUCAAAUAAUGGGCGUCAAAACAAAACCUAGAUCAGCUCUUGACGUGGUCUCAGAUCAUGGCAACAGGCUGUAUGCCAAGCUCUGUAUGUCAUCUGUUAUAUCUUGUCAAGUCAUUGAAGAACGGGAUCUGAUUUUAAGUUAGUUGUUGGGAAAUCAAACACAGAGUCGUCUCGAUUUCCGUUGAUAGGAAAUGGUAAUAGUCCAAACUGAGAAAUGGUCCUCUCUCUUUCGGCUUGAAGAAGAAAGAUUCUUCGAGCAAAAAGCAGCAGUAGACUAUUAACAACUUGUUAAUAAUUGAAACUGCGUUGAAUUACGCAAACCUUGUUGCACAUUCAUGGGGCUGUCUUUUGUAGGUUUGGAGGUCUCCUCCACACAUGCCUUUGAGAUCGUUUCAAACGUCUACGCUUGAUCUUAAAAUGGUGAGCUUUGCCCAGAAGCAUCACCACUUUCCCCUUUUGUGGUCGCUGUAUUCUAAGGCAGCUCCUAGGAAUACUUCUGAAGAAAAUUCCUUAGCUUAUUAUUUUAUUAUUGCGCUUUUACUGUGUAAUAUCAUUCCUCAUCUUGAAAACUGAAACGACCAUGCAAUGAAUAUACGUUGUACUCUGGCAGUGGGUAUUUUAUUUAUGAUAUUUAUGUUUCGCUUUUACACGGUGUCACAUGGAUCACAUGGGUCACAUAAGUGGUGCGUAAUCAGCACUUUCUCGUCAAACUAUGAUCAUGUUACGCAAGAAUAGAGGCCUUACGAGUUGCUGGCCUUAAAUUGCAAUUAAUAUAUGAUGUUUUAUACUCAAAUAUCAAUUGAGUCGUCAUAGUUGCCCGGUACAAAAGGAUAUUUAGUGUUAUGAAUUUAUCGACUUGUAUGAACAUGUAGUAUGGAAGGCUUUAAAAAGCCCAAUUGAAGAAAAUGCUAGACCAAACCGACCGUCUUACAGAACAUGUACAAUAAACAUUAUAAUUUGGGGUACUAGCAUUCGUCAACUAGUUGCUUCAAGUUUUAAACUGUCCAUGUAGUAGCUAAAUAAGACAAAUAUCGAUAGCAGGUACGAGGUACUGUCACUCGAAAGCUAAUCGCAUUAACGCCCUCCUGAAUGUCAAGCAAGAAUAGGAAGAGGUCAUUCAGCCGUUCGUUAAUAUUUAUGACAAUAAAUCGAGCCUAAUAUCCUAGCCCAGAGGUUGGGGUGGGAAAACAUGGAAGUUUUGAUAAAGAACCUUUUAACGGCGUUACAAAAUGUCCUUGGUGGUUUUGUUACGAGAUCACAAAUUGUACAAUGUACAGAAUGUUCCCUCAAAUAUGCAGUGCUUUGCCACGUGACGCUUAUUUUACCUGUAGAUGUUGUAAAUAGUAAUAGCAUUAUACAUAUAAUCUAAAUAUCAACAGAAGACGUAUUACAUUGUAUGUAGCAAUUUACGUGUAUAAAGCCUAGUCACAGAGAAACGACGAAAACAAGUCUUGACGAUCAGUUUUAUAUGAUUUUGAUCUACUGUUAUUAAAUUACAUACAAAAUAAUAAAUGCUAGUUUACGUA